AUGCAUCAUCGCUGCUUCGGCCACGUAUCGGUUGUCUAUCACUCGAUUGCACUUUGUUGCCUAGUGGCUAGUGGUGCCCGGGGAACGGUACAAGAGCCCGCAAACAACGUCCUCGAAACACAGCGAGUUGAAUGGGCGAACGGAACAACGCUGACCACGGUGCCGUGGGAUCUACCGUCAGUUCACCGUGGCCGUGACCGUCGUUACGUGCUCAACUAUCCGGUCAAUGGUGGGGUAGCGAAGGUGGUGUUUGGUUUCAUCGCACCGGUGCGCUUCCAUCACAAGCUGAAACGGAGCAUCAAUUUGGGCCUCAACCUGCAGGCCAACUAUCGCAUCCUCCCGAACAUCAUCUUUCCCCAUCCGGAGUCCGUGUGGAAGAACCGCUUCGCCGAUGGCGCGUCGUACGUCGAUACGAGCCGCCGCCAGCUGUACCAGCUGCUGGAGAAGCUACUGGCCGGGACGGGUGGCACCGUCAGCACCAGCACCGGAAGUAGCCGAACCGCCCGGAACUGUUUGCUGCGGACGAUCUGCGAAAUUGCCGACACACCGCUCACCCAUAACGGCAUGGUCGGUGAGCUGAUGGAUGUUGUGUUCACCCCUGGCGAUACGGACGAGCUGGCGGAGGAGUAUAAGAUGGCGCGACGGUACGGUGCUAACGGGGUGGACUGCAGCCGCGUGUACGACGAGUGUCCUUGGGGACACGGCAUUCUGGACACCAUCACGGCACUGCACUGGUGA